AUGAUGAAAGCGAAUCUGAGAGUGGGGACUUGUUUUUCGAGUUUGGUUUUUCUUAGUUUUCAUGGUCGAAAGAUUUUACUAAGUGUUCGAUUUGAUAGUUGUGGUACAUGCAUCUGCUUUUUUCGAUUGACACUUGCUCAAAUUAACGCUGAUGUGAUACAGGAUUUUCGUUUAUACACGCUUAAGUGCGCAUCAUUCGUUAGUAAGCGUCGUCAACAUUAUCAUCGUUAG